UUUCAAGAUGGCGAUUGUGGACUAAAAAAAUAUUUGAUCUACAAGCAUAUCAAAAAAAAGAGAAGAGAUAUGAUGUAAAAAUGGAGAGCAGUUGACGUCCAACGAUGUUUCUAGGACAACAGUCUCUAGGGAGGGAUUCCCACUCAGCAUCGUUGGGUUCUGAUUCCGAUGAUGAAACGAUCCGUGUUGGGCGUGAUGGGAUGAUGUCACAUUCUCACAAUGAGCCCCUGCUCCAAUCACAUGCAAUGCAUCCAAAUAUGGACCCACCACCCCUCAGAGUCGCCCACGUUGAUCCCCUAAACUCCCUAGCUCUCGUGAAAGGGGUCACCCAUAGGGAUAGCAUCAGGAGUACCCAUAGUAACCAUAGUAACCAUAGCACCCAUAGUUCUCACAGUACUCCGAGCGUACAUGAUGAUGAUAUUGUCCCUCCGAUGCCGAAGAGUCUCCCGCCUCCUCACCUUACCCCCUCCAAGACCCCCUUCACGCGUUAUAUACCCUCUCACGAAUACGAUCUCGUACAAAAGAACCUCUCACUCCUAAAAUCAGAACUGAAAAUCGUGUCGAACGAUCGAGAUAGGCUUAAGGAAGAGCUCCAGAAAUCUAGAAAUGCUAAAAAUGAGUUAAAGUUAAUCUCGAAGGAACGAGACACUUUAAAAGAGGAACUCUUGAAGGAGAAAUCUUCACAUUUUGAUCAUUAUAAACAAGCAAGUGGGAGAUCUGGGAUGGAGUCUCAUGAUGUGGCCCACAUGGCUUUAGUUCAGAGUAAAUGUGACAAUGCAAUGUAUGAACUUGAAGCAGUUAAACAAAAAUAUGCGGAAACGGAAGAGAAAUCUAUCAAUGUGAACCACGAGAAGGAAUAUUUAAAGCAAAAGAACUCAAUGUAUAUGACGAAGAUUGAACGAUUACAAGAGGAAUUGAGCCAAUCAAAAUCUCAAUACGGAGAUGCGAUGAACAAGAAAAAGCGCCUCGAACAGGAAGUAUUAGAGUUAAACAAAGCUCAAGAUGGCUAUAUACAAGACAUUGAACUUCUUCGAAAUCAACAACGAGAAGUCAUCAACGAAAGUGGCUCCAGCGAAGUCCUCAACAAAAUAAGUCAAAGUGCACUCGAUAAAUAUUGGGAUAUCAAACCGGAUUAUGACAGCCUACGAAAACGGUACAAUGACUUGGUUAGUGAAUACACAAACAAUAUCGACAAAAUGGCUCUCAUUAAAGAAGAGCGUGAUCGCCAAGUUGGAAGGUUUAACGAAAAAAUGCAAGAAAUGGAAGCAUAUAAAAAACAAUGUACGGAGGCGAUUCGUAACUGGCAUAGUGUCACUAAUGAGAAAAAUGAGGUUGAGAAAAAAGUUUCCAAAAUCUCGGAGGAAUUACGACUUGAAGUGAAUCAGAGUAAGCUGCUUAAACAGGAUCUAGCGAAAGUGACAAAAGAACGUCAUAAAGCAAUACAGGAGUACCAUUUGGUAAUGUCCGAGCGGUCAACAGUACAUAAAGAACUGGAAAAUCUACAGGGUCAGUUGGACUCCUCUCUUAAAACAAACAGCGAGAAUCAAUCAGAGAUUAAAAAACUAGAGAAAAAGGUUACUUCUUUGGAGCAAGAAAUACAGACAAUUUUAAAAGAUCGCGAUGAGGCUACCAAUAAAUACACUGAGAUGAAGAAAAAAUAUGAGGAUAUAAGCAAUCAACAGGAAAACGCUCAAAAAGAGCGGGAUGUAGUCGAGCAAAAUUUUGCAUUUUUGAGUCAAGAAUGCGACGUGGCUAAACGAGAGAGACAAGAGGCUCUUGCAGAAAAGGAAAGGAUUCUUCGAGAAACUUAUCAACAGCGUCAUGAAUUUACUGAUGCUCAUUCUGAAACUGACUGGCUACGAAAACAAGUCGCCAAAUUAGAAAGUGAAAUCAAAGACUCUUACCAAGAGGUCCAGAAUGCUCAAGACAGUCGCGACUGGGCUUUUGAUGAGCGUGACAAAAUUGUCCAAGAACGUGAAAGCAUCCGUACCUUGUGUGACAAACUACGCCGUGAGAGAGACAAGGCUGUCAGUGAACAAAUGGGGGCUUUAAGAGAUCUUGAUGAGCUGAAGAAACAGAAGCAAGAAGCUAUGAAAGAUGCAAAAGAAUACAAGGAAAGAUAUACAGCAAUGAUGGAUAAAGAAAAUAGGAAGAACAUGUUGAAUUCUGUCGGACAAAACCACAGUCGCGACUCUGCUAUUGACACGGAUAUGCAGGAAUGGGAGACUGAGACAUUGGAAUUUAAUAUUGGCUCAAAGAACCAGGAUGACAUUGGCUUCAAUCUGAUUGGUGGAACAGAUAGCCCACAAUUCCCUAAUGACAAUUCCAUAUUUGUCAGUAGCGUCAUGAAAGGCAGUGUUGCGGAUGGCAAGCUAAAGGUGAAUGAUCAAGUCCUGAAAGUGAACAAUAUAGAUGUCACUAAUGUUGAGAAGAAAACCGCGAUCCAGGCAGUCCGUAACACCAGGGGUGGUGUCAUCAAUAUGGUUGUUCGCAGAAGGCGGUCUAGCAGUAAGUCAGUGAUACCUGUACAGCUCAAUACGAUGGGAGAAGAUUUGGGAGUGUCCAUAGAACAGGGUUUCUAUAUCAGUAAAAUAAGCCCUGGGUCACCUGCAGCCAGGGAUAACAACCUAGCCAUUGGGGAUAGAAUUAUAAAUAUAAAUGGACGCAAUGUGGAACAGAUCUCUCUCAACCAAGUUAAGAACUUAAUCCAAGACAACACUAGUGUUGUCCUUAAUGUCCAAAAAUUCCUGCCAUCUCCCUUUAGUCCCGUGUCCAGUUUGGGUUCCCCGGGACCAGGAAUGGGCAAUCAUCUCCAGAGUCCCUCCCCGACAAUCAAUUCCCCACACCAGGUUCAGUCCGAUCUCAGAUCUCCGUUGAAUAGCUCCCUCUGGAGUCCACCAGGGGAGUCAACUUUAAAGAUGGCAGCACUUAAAAAUUUAAAAUCCAGCGGAUCGCAGACUGACAGCUUAGACAAUCCAGAAAACUCUCCAAGAGAUAAACCGAGAAAGAUGCCAAAUAGUCACGAUAUAUUGUCGAGGAUUUUUAAAACGAAAAAUAAAGAUGCUCACAAAAAGAGCGAUAAGGCAAUUGAGAAUCUUCCGGGAGAAGAUUAUAGUGUUGAAUUGGAGGCUGUCUUAGCGCAGCAUUAUCCAAGUGACUCACACUCUAAAGAAAAACAUAGGAAAUCGCGGGAUCAUGAUAAUAGCGGAACAUGGCCUAAAUAUCGUGGCCCACCUACUGAUUUCACAGAUAAAGGGACUAUAACCGUUCCAGCUCAUAAGAAAAAGGAGAGAAUACCUCUACACGAAGUGCAAUUCCAACAACCGAACACAAACUAUAACAACGCAAAACAUAGUUCUCCAUGGGUCCAACAGUUGGCGCCAGUACCUCCUGUACGUCAUGAUUCGUUCCAUUAUAUUAAACACAGUCCACAGAAUUCAGACGUUUCAACAACGACAAGUCAACACAAGUCCACGUCUUAUUUACCCAGUUCAUCCAAACAGCAACAAGUGCGCAAGAAAAGCACUGCCGAGGAGAAACAAUUACGGGGUCUACGGUACGAAUCCCAUAGCUCCUCCCAUGUUUCUACCAGCUCAACCCCAGACACAUCCUCUGAUUUUCUCAAUUAUCCAAUCCCAACUCAAAAUCAAAAAUCUAGCAAUCGACCAUUUUCUGCGCCAUCUAGACGGCAACAGGAAAGGGCACAUAAACGCCACGAGGGUUACCCACCAAAACCUGACUCUCUAAAUGUCCAACCUGUGUAUCGUCAGAAGUCCCCAAGUUCGACACUUCCCAGAAGCCUCUCUGGCACCCCUCAUUCAGAUCACGGCUUUUCUCCCCGCACACCCUCAGAAAAAAGUAGUUCCGGUCAUUUGUCGUACAGUAACUCUUCAAGCUACUCGCAUUACAGCUCACCUAUCCCCCAGCAGGCUUUGCGGUUUACACCACCUGCUGUCCCAUCAUACAUUGCACCGGGACAGCGAUCACUGCCACCUAGUGGAGGAAUUGUUUCUCCGCCAUUACCUUUUAUGGCAAGCACUCCUCCUGGCACAACUGGCAGACAUAGUUCACCACCAGGAUUCUAUGCAGGGUAUGUGCCUCCACUACGCAGUAUGAACUCUUCAAUACCGGAGAUAGAAACCUUAGAGAAACCGCCAGCAUACCAACCACCACGUGGACAUAGAAGUAUUUCUCCUGCAUCCUCCAGACAGAGUAGCGGACUUGACAGGGGUACACCUACCCCAAGCGAGGAGUACUACAAAUACAGCAGAGGCAGAAGUACACCCGAUUCCGCAACGGACACUACAAAUUUUGCGAAAAAAGUCAACAAUGAACGAAUCCGUAUACCAUCCAUAUCUCAGAUAAGUUCUGCAUCUAAGUCAUCCAGAGGGAACAUCUCUGCAGGCUCAUUUGAAAGGGUUUCCAUGUCAGACAGAAGCAGCCCUAUAUCACCCUACCCCGGGGACAUGAGCUCUACAGGGUCCCUCCCCAGGCCUACAAUUACUGUCACCCCCAGAAAGAGAAAACGACCUCAAAUUGGGGAAUGUCGCGAGAUUACAAUUGAAAAAAGCUGCGAGGCACUCGGAAUUCAGAUCCAGACUAGAAACGGGGGAGUUUUUGUGUCAAAUGUGGUGGAAGGAAGUCUUGCCCAGCAGGCAUGUAUGACAGUAGGGGAUCAAAUCCUAGAUGUCUGUGGGGUGAACCUGCGUAAUGCAAACCAAGAACACGCCACAAGGGUCAUGCAAGGCCUCGGGGACAAUAUCACAAUGAAAGUACAGUACAAUCCCAAAAAAUACACCGAUUCAGAAGAUAGUGCGUCUGGUGAUGUGCAAUCUGUGGGGUCAUCCUCCAUUGUUAACAGCCCCUCCCACAAUUCUGAGCCCCAUAGGAUUAGUAAUGAGACCCUCACAUCAGCCACUCCCACAAAUACACCAAGGCAUAGUGCCCAACCUAGUCUAAAUGAUGGCAAUAUGAUGAUCUGUGAAGAGCCAAGAUUUGUGUUCCUCAAGAAGACGUCAACAACUCUAGGGAUAGGUCUGAUUGGUGGAAAUCUGACGGGGAUCUUCGUUCACGAGGUUCACAAAGACAGUAUUGCCAGUGGCCACAAUGGGCUGCGAUGUGGUGAUCAAAUCUUAGAGUUUAAUGGCAAUGACAUAAGGAAUGCCAGUGCUGAACAAGCAGCAAUUGAGAUUUGUAAACCUUCCCAGACAGUCAGCAUACUUGCACAGUACAAUCCAGCAAAAUAUUCAAAAAUCAAAGACCAACAUUGCGAUUCCUUCUACACUCGAGCCCUCACUGACCACUCUGUGGAGGUUGAGGGAGAUUUGGCCUUCAAGAAAGAUGACAUUCUGUAUGUGGACAAUACACUGUUUAAUGGCAAGAGUGGGCUAUGGAGGGCGUGGUUAGUUGACUCUGAAGGCAAGAAGGGCGCAUGUGGGACCAUCCCCAGUAAAAUGAGAAUGGAGCAAGAGUUAUAUCUGAAGCGAAGUCUCUCCGAUUCCAUACAAGAAGAUGAGUUGAAAAGUGCGUCGUCACGUCGCAGUACUGCAUCAGCUCGACGCAGCUUUUUCCGACGCAAGAAACACCAAAGAAAUAAUUCAAAAGACAGCCGCGACCUUCCGUCAUUCUCAGAUGCUUCUAUAAAUAGCGAUAGCUUGCCUAUCUUAGAUGAUGUGUCAACUGUCGCCUACCAGAAAGUAGAACGUCUUGACUCAAAGGUUUGUCGUCCUGUUCUCAUCCUGGCACCACUGGCAGAGUCUCUCAUCAGUAAACUGAUACUUGAAUCACCCGACAAGUUCCAGAGAUGCGAAACAGAGAUUGCACGAGCAUCAGAGGUGGCCAUGCAGAAAGGUGAAGCUGAGGGCAUCUGGGUGGACUACCAGCGCAAAGGCAGUCACUAUGAGUGCUUAACAAUCGCAUCAGUCAAGGAAAUAUUAAAUGUGGGGAAGCAUUGUCUAAUAGACUGUAGCCCUAUGGCAGUUGAGAGAUUACACAGGGCUCACAUAUACCCCAUUGUUCUUUUUGUGAAGCACAAGUCUCCCAAACAGAUCAGGGAGGUGAAAGAUACAAGGUUCCUCCCGGAAAAAGUCACAAACAAAUCUGCCAAAGAAAUGUUCGAACAUUUCCAAAAACUCGAACAGGACUACAAACAUAUUUUCUCAGAAAUAAUCCAAGGAGGAAACUUGGCCUAUAUGUUUAUGCAGAUUAAAAAGUCAAUAGACAUUGAACAGCGAAAAACAAUAUGGCUGCCAAGUGGGUCAUUAUGACAACCACUCUCCGACACUAUGGGUAACUUUCGACAUUCGUUUCAUAUGGCUGAUUUGCAUCGUACCAGUAGAACAAGAUGGUACAUUGACUGAAUGAUGAACAGUUCUACAUGAUUUCGGACAUGAUUUCGUUUAUAAUUCAUAUUGUGACAUAUACUGAUUUUUCCCUUAUUUUAAUGGGAUUUGAGAUCCUCGUGUAAUUUCAAGAUUUUAAUUGAUUUGCAAAAAUCGUGUCAGUAUGAAGCAUUCGAAUUGUAGAACAAUUUGUGAUUCGGAACAAGAUUUCCGUUUUCGUAUUGAAAAUCAGAAUUUUGUGAUUUGAAGGAGAAAGAAUUAUAUUUUUCGUAAGAUAGAUAAGAAGGAUAUUGUAUAUGAUAAAAAAACCUGAUUGAACACAUAGAGAUUAUUUUGACAUGAGAAUUUAUGUAUACAACUUUUGAUAUGUAUUUAUGAUAUAGCAUAUGUUCUUAGUGUAAACACAAUCUGUAGGAGAAUUUUAAAUAGUUUAAAGAAAUUAACUUUAGAAUUUACUUAAGAUGAUGAAUGAUGUCAAGAUUUUCAAAUGAUGUCAAGAUUUCAAAGGAUGUCAAUAUUUACAAACACCCAUAAGUGUCACGGAGACUACAGAAACCAAAGGACAAUGCAGCAUUUAGGCUGCCCUAGGCUAUACAUAUAUCAACAAACAUACAGGGUGGUUCAAAAAUGUGCGCAAUUUCGGUAUUCAGUUUACAUUUGAAUUUCACAAUAUUCUUCCUCAUAAUUCCCAAAAAAUUAAUGUAACAUCGAAACCUCUUGAAAGCCUUUGUGAGACAUUAAUAAGUGUUUGGCCUAGGAUUUUAUGAAAUUGUGCAC